UAAAUCAAUAUAUUUUUCUUUCCUAGAUGAAUUAAGGAAGUUGCAAGAGCAGAUGAAAUCUUUACAAGAACAGCUAAAAAUAGCAACAAUUAAGCAGCCUGCAAGUCCACCCCUUCUGCCUAAAUCUGAGAUGUCACCACGCCCCCCUUUUAAAGAGAAGAAAGUUCAGAGAAUUCAGGAGUCGACUUGCUUUUCUGCAGAGCUUGAUGUCCCUGCUCUACCAAAAAACAAGCGGGUGGCUCGGACACCAAAGGUUUCACCAGCAGAGCCCAAAAGCUCGUUUUCAAGGAUGACAAGUACACCUCCCCAACCACUCCGAACUACUCCUGGAAACAAACCUAGUGGGUUGACCAGAGAUCAGAGCGCAGGGACCCCCAGGAGUUCUGGAGAACCAGCUCAGACAAUGGUCUCCGUGGAAGCCUUCUCGGGCCUGAGGCUCAGGCGGCCUCGAGUAUCCUCCACAGAGAUGAACAAGAAAAUGGUUGGCCGAAAACUGAUCAGACUGUCUCAGCUCAAGGAAAAGAUGGCAAGUGAGAAGCUAGAAGAAGUAGACUGGGUGACUUUUGGGGUUAUAUUGAAGAAAAUCACUCCACAGAGUUGUAAUAGUGGGAAAACAUUUAGUAUCUGGCGACUGAAUGAUCUCCGUGACCUGACACGGUAUGUGUCAUUGUUCUUGUUUGGAGAAGUUCACAAAGAACUCUGGAAGACUGAACAGGGUACUGUCAUAGGGCUGCUCAACGCUAACCCCAUGAAGCCCAAGGAUGGUUCAGAGGAGGUAUGUUUGUCUAUUGAUCAUCCUCAGAAGAUCUUAAUCAUGGGUGAAGCUCUUGACCUGGGAACCUGUAAAGCAAAGAAGAAGAAUGGACAGCCAUGUACACAGACUGUUAAUUUGAAUGACUGUGAGUACUGUCAGUACCACAUCCAGGCCCAGUACAAGAAGCUCAGUGCCAGGAGAGCCGACUUGCAGUCCACCUUCUCUGGAGGACGAAUUCCGAAGAGGUUUGCCCGCAAAGGCACCAGCCUAAGAGAGCGGCUGUGUCAGGAUGGUUUUCACUAUGGAGGGGUUUCUUCUGCAUCGUAUGCAGCCUCAAUUGCAGCUGCUGUUGCUCCUAAAAAGAAGAUUCAAACCACUCUGACUAAUCUGGUCGUUAAAGGGACAGACUUGAUCAUUCAGGAAACCCAACAAAAACUUGGAAUACCCCAGAAGAGCUUGUCUUGCUCUGAGGAAUUCAAGGAACUGAUGGACUUGCCUACAUUUGGAGCCAGAAACUUAAAACAACAUUUAGCCAAAGCCAGGUUAUCAGGGGUGAUGGGGAGCCCGAAACCUGCUUUCCAGUCUGUCUCGGCAUCAGCCCUCUUGAAGCAGCAGAAGCAGCACAUGCUGGAGAUGAGGAAGAAGAGAUCAGAAGAAAUACAGAAACGAUUUCUCCAAAGCUCGGGUGGGGUUGAAAGCCCAGCUGUGCCUCCCUCUUCUCAAUGGGCCCCUUCUCAGUCUCCGAAAAUGGGGGCUGCGUUGCCCAGCCUGGAAGGAACGCCAGCCACACAGAUGCCCAAGCUUGGGCGAGGCAUCUCAGAAGGUGAUGAUGUUCUCUUUUUUGAUGAGUCACCACCACCAAGACCAAAACUGAGUGCUUUAGCAGAAGCCAAAAAGUUAGCGGCUAUAACCAAAUUAAGAGCAAAAGGCCAGAUUCUUACAAAAACAGACCCAAACAACAUUAAAAAGAAGAAAAAGGACGCCCAGGAUGUUCUGGAAGUGAAGGAACGUGUAGAAAAGAACGCCUUUUCUCCUCAAGCUGAAGAUGAAUUGGAGCCUGCCAGGAAAAAAAGGAGAGAACAACUUGCCUACCUGGAAUCUGAGGAAUUUCAGAAAAUCCUAAAAGCAAAAUCAAAGCACACAGGACUACUCAAAGAGGCUGAGGCUGAACUGCAGGAACGCUAUUUUGAGCCAUUGGUGAAAAAGGAACAAAUGGAAGAAAAGAUGAGAAGCAUCAGAGAAGUGAAAUGUCGAGUAGUGACAUGCAAGACGUGUGCCUACACCCACUUCAAGCCUUUGGAGACCUGCGUCAGUGAGCAGCACGACUACCACUGGCAUGAUGGCCUAAAGAGGUUUUUCAAGUGUCCCUGUGGAAACAGAAGCAUCUCCCUGGAUAGGCUCCCCAAAAAGCACUGCAGUAACUGUGGCCUCUUCAAAUGGGAACGAGAUGGAAUGCUAAAGGAAAAAACAGGCCCAAAGAUAGGAGGAGAAACCCUGUUACCACGAGGAGAAGAACAUGCCAAAUUUCUGAAUAGCCUUAAAUAGCCCUGACUUCAAACAGACAGGCCCGCAGACGGCGAACGUGUAGUCGGUAGCGCGACUUCGGAGGACGCUUGGAGGGUCAUCAGAGUAUUCUGGAGGCUCCGCUGCCAGUCUCCCGGCUUAAGGCGCAAUGAACACAAGCGCAUCAUGCAGUGGAAAAGUUGGGCACUGCUUUGGCUUUUGUCGUGCUGGGACUUGGGCCCAAGCUUGAAUCUCUGAAGUGUGAAUCCCAGGACUCCUGAGAAGAGAACGGCUCCUCUAUUCCACCUGCCCAGGUGACAGCGUUUAAUGAUAGAGUUUGCCCCGUGCCCCUCUUGCCUUCCCAAGGCCGGUUCAGCUCCUGCUUGGAGUUCGUGUGAGAAAAUACAGUGCUGACCGUAGAUGAGGUGACUUGGAAUAUGUAUGAUUGCUUAAUCAUUAGGAUCUUAUCAGCCUUUUAAAAGAUUACUUAAAAAUACAUGCAUUCGUUACAAAAUGGCCUGCUCUAAUAAAUCGUCCCGCCUCUGGUGGAGUAUUUUACCCCAGCUGAGCAGCUUUGCCUUAAAGCAAAGUCCCCCUACGCUGCCCUGGGAUCCCAACCUCAGAAGCAGACUGGACUAGCCAGCCAGGGACCCAGGUUUCAGGGGAAGCAGUGGCCCCAUGGUGGGGGACAGGGAGGUCGCUAAGAGGGGAUGCUUGUACUUCCUCUAGACUCCUCUCUAUCUUCUCAUAUACUGUGUCCCCACGGAGGUGCCUGCUGCAGCUGUUCUUGAUUGUUCUUCAUUCUUAGUAGGGAAUUCCCGAGGGUAGUUGAGAGCAAGGGUAAAGUAGGAUAGAUGGUGAGUCUGGGGCAGGAAGUGGGGUGGUUGGGAGAGAAGAAAGGGGCACUGUUAGAAGCUGAGUUGGGUCCUCCCCUUAAUUCAUUAUGACUGGGGUCUUUAUAAGAAGGUAGAGCACGUGACUCUUGAUCUUGAGUUUGUGAGUUCAAGCCCCACGUUGUGUGUAGAGUUGACUUAAAAAAAAAAUAAAGUGACAUCAAGAAGAGCAGAGACAG